AUGGCAACCUUUUCCAUCGCUGCCGCUGCAUCCCAGAGUGAAGCUCUUGCUUGCCGCAUCAUUGCGACCAGGGCCGAGGUGGACGAAACCAUCAAGUCAUGGGAUGAUGCCAGGCCGCAACGAGCCCACGUGGCCCUCCUGGCCGAGGAAAUCCACACCUUGUCAGCCAUGGCCGACAGUCUAACAGACGCUGUACGGAAGGCCCAAGUGGUUGCCCCCGCCGUCCAGCCGGCCUUGAUGCGCGCUCUCGACUCGGCCGAACGGGCCUGGGCCGUCAUGGACAAGCAGUUGCGCCGGCUCAGAGAGACCGACGCUGAUCUUGUUUUUAUUGAUGGUGGCGUCGUGGAGGAUUACGAAAUGAUGCUGCAGGCUGACAUGGUACUUUAUGAAUUGUUUCGGGAGCUGUUGCAAAUACAUGACGUGGCGCGUCAGGCUACUAUAUUAAAUGGCCAGGACGCACAACGGAUCCUCUCCGGGUUCGACGACGCCUGCGAGGUUGUUCUCGCACGACGGUCAGUCCUGAUGGAGAGUCCUACGUCGCUGCGCAGCCAGAGCACCACCUCGCUGGCCUCGAGUCUCUCUACACAGACGCCGUCCACCCCGACAAGUCCAGACCCCCCGACCCCGACAGCCAUCGCCGGUCCGGCCGUUUGUCCAUCAAAGGCCAAGGGUGGCAGCUUCUUCGGCGGUCUCUCGCAGUCUUUCCAGGCCAUGACGGCCAACUUUCGCUACAAGCCAGAGCCGCUCGUGUCGGCGCUCUGCCAGUCUGCCACUCGCGGUGACGUCCAGCAGGUCAGGGGCUUGAUCGAAGGCGGCGCCAACGUCGACGGCCGCAACGAGGACCGCAAGACGGCCCUGAUCUGCGCCAUCGCGGCCGAGCAGGUCACCACGGCCCAGUGGCUCAUCGACCAGGGCGGGGCGAGCGUCAGGGCACGCGACGGCGGAGGCACAAAGGCAAAGCCGCCUCUCUACCAUGCCGUGCGCACCGGCAACUCGGAGCUCGUCACGCUCCUGCUCCGCCGCGGUGCCGAGGUCAACGCCAAGAGCUCGAUGGGCCAGUCUCAUCUGGUCGAGGUCGUCCAGAGCGGCAACGUCGACAUGCUGCACCUGCUGCUGAGCCACGGCGGCGACUCCAACGCACGCGACGUCACCGGCCGUGCGCUGCUGGUCCACGCCGUCAACGCCGGCAACCUCGACGUGGCGAGGCAGCUGCUGGCCCACGGCGCCGACGCCAACGUUCGCGACUACACCGGCCAGGCCGUUCUCAACCUCGCCGCCACCAGCAUCCCCAUGCGGACGGAGCACGUCACGCUGCUGCUGGACCACGGCGCCGACCCGAACGUGCGCGACCUCACGGGCCAGCCGCUGCUGGUCCACUCCGUCUCGUCGGGCAAGAAAGAGCUCGCGCGCAUGCUCCUCGCCAAAGGCGCCGACCCCAACGUCAGAGACCUCUACGGACGCACGGUGCUGCAGCUGCUCGUCAGGCAGCGCGACCUGGACCUGAUCCGCGUCCUGCUCGAGCACGGAGUCUCGCCCAACCAGCUGGUCGACACCACCACCGGCUCCUCAUCCGCCGGCGAGACCCUGCUGCUGCACGCCAUCCGGUCGGGAGACGACGACCUCGCCGAGCUGCUGGUCAAGCACGGCGCCGACCCCAACGCCAGGAGCAAGCAGGGCCACACCCCGCUCAUGCAGGCGCUGCAGCGCGGGCCGGCCAAGGACCCGCUCGUCGCCCUGCUGAUCGAGGCCGGCGCCAACCCGAACAUGGAGGGCCUGUGCUCGCCGCUCGUGUUUGCCGCCGCCAGUGGGAGGGGCGACGUGGUGCAGCUGUUGAAGUCGUACGGCGCAGCGGCCGAGCACGAGGUGCCGCCGCCCACGAGGGGUGGUGGUGGUGGUGGUGGUGGUGUUGGUGGCUCAAGUCCGAGCCCUCGGCCGGUCAACGAUUUUUCUUCUUCUUCUUCUUCUUCUUCUGCUGCUGCUGCUACCACGUCGACCGUUCCUGAAGAUCCCGAUGUUCCCCCGCCGGAUUAUGAGAGUAUACACGUGAGCAAGUCGGGGCCGGGGAUGGGGUGA